AGUUGUAGGAGGAUGAUUUUUAAAUUAAAUUUAAUGUAAAAAGUGGAAAAUACUUGAAAAAUUUGUAACCAGCAGCGAGAUAAAGUGUAAUUGCAUGCAGAAAUCAUGUUCAAAGGACGCAGCGAAGGAAAUGUCGUGUACAAAUGCACAGUUCGUCUCUUGGAGGACGACGAAAUUUUAGAAUGCGAAUUUCAACCAAACCACAAAGGAAACUUCUUGCUCGAGUACGUUUGCGAGCAACUGCAAAUAACUGAAAAAGACUACUUUGGGCUUCGAUUUAUUGAUAAUUUUAAAAAUAGGAACUGGCUCGAUUUGUCGAAAACAAUCAUAAAGCAAGUGAAAGAUGUAGAUCCGUUAGUGUUGUCAUUUAGGAUCAAAUUCUAUCCGGCAGAUCCGGGAAGAAUGUCUCUAAAUGGCAAAUACAUGGUUUUUCAGCAGUUGAAGCGUGAUUUGCGACAUGGACGUCUUUAUUGUUCGUUGAAUGAAGGAGCGACGCUCGGAUCUCUAAUUAUCCAAGACGAGCUCGGUGACUACGAUCGUGAAAUCCACACAGAAAAUUAUGCACAAUCGCUCCGCCUGGCAUUACGUCAAACGGAUCAACUUGAACGCAAAGCCAUCGAGUUGCACAAGAAACGCGAGCCCGGAUUGGAAGCAAGUGUCGUUUAUGAUGAAUUUAUUGCGCUCGCAAGAACUUUGGAGACUUACGGCAUUGAUCCGCAUCCCGUGAAAGAUCAUCGAGGCACACAAAUUUACUUGGGCAUCAAUUUUACGGGCAUCAGCACGUUCCAAACGGGAAAACGACUGCAACACUAUCGAUGGCAUGACGUGCAUAAACUGAACUUUGAGGGAAAAAUGUUCAUAAUUCACUUGACGUUCACCGAUGAUCGACGCGAGGUGAAGAAACACACAGUGGGCUUUAAAUGCACGUCAGGGGUCACGUGUCGCUAUGUCUGGAGAUGCGCCAUCGAGCAAAUGUUGUUUUUUACUCUUCCAUCAAGCUCACACGCCUCUGUCAUGUCGGGCGGCGGAUUUUUCUCCUUUGGCACCAAAUUCCGUUACACAGGACGAACUGAACGCGAAAUCAUGAGUGAGAGACUAGCUGCCUUGAACAAGGACGGCUCAAAUACGAGUCCGAGCAAGAGGAAAGCUAGUAGUGUUCCUGCCACGCCAAGCAGUCCUCAGGGAGAGUUACUUGAUAUUCGUUACAACACACUUCCACGCUCAACAAUGUCCGAACCGCUGGGCAAUACCGAUCAAGCGUCUUCCGUUUAUUGUCCGGAUCCGAUUCUCGAGACAGUUUGCGAGGAACGUCGCGGCGUCAAUGGCAGCGGAGUGGUUCACAGCGGUGUCGGCGACGUCAUUGGCAACGACGAUCAUCUCUCCGACUACUAUUUCCGUGACUCGUUCGAGCAUUCGUCGCAGGAAUCGGGCUUUACGAGUGUCAUAGAUGCGCGUGCUGGCGGCCCUUAUCGUCAAUUUGGCGUAACAAGUGGCGGCGGCGAUGCCGUUCCCCUCGGUUUUCAGAAUUCCGUGAACAAUGCCGCCCUGAUAAUUCAACAAAAUGCCACAAAUGACGCGCGAAUCAAGAAGUUUUCCAUUUUACAUGCAUUUAUACCGUCAUUCCUCAUCGUCUUGAUAUUGCUUGCGGUGUCGACGGUGUUCAUUCUCGAGUCGGAAUCCGAUGUUUUUCGCCAGAUAAAGGACUGGCCGGAGAUGUUGUCGCUCAAUUAUCAGUACUAUCAGCCGUUUAAGGCGUACAUGGCGAAGACUUUUGGCGGGAUUUUUUGAUCUUUCGGCACGUUGUUGUCGUCAAAUGUGAGUGCGGAAGACGACAAUAACGGCGCCGCUGCACGAGACGAAGAUCCGUACACCUGAUUGAUCCGCAUGAUGCCACGUCUGAGGAUCUGUAGCAAUAGCUUUGCUUUUUAAAUAGCAAUCGAGAUGAAAUGAGAAUCGAAUCAGUGAACAUGUGAUGCUUGAUAUGUUUCCGUUUUGGUUGAAAAUUCAUUUUUUUUCACAGCAAACGCCAACCACCGCAAUCAGAGUUAGAAUCAAUCACGUCUUAUUACUCUCUAUCUCUAAUGAG